UGUUUUGGGCAACCCCACUUGGUUGUUACAGCGUGGCUUUAAAGUAUAAAAGUACAACCAUUUAUGUCACGUUUAAAUAUUAUUAUGUAAAAAAAGUAUAUUUUUUAAUACAUAUAGAAGUUUUUAUAAAAAUAUAGAAUUUAUGAGCCUUUUAAUAUUAUGUGUGUUGCUUUGAGUAUAAAUGCAUUAUCGUUAGGAUAACAGCUAUAAAACAUAAGCUUUUGCAUUGUUACUUAUUACUAUGCCUUUGUACGGUGUUCCCAAUGAAAUGAGUAAUACCGUAAAAUUUUAUGACAAAAACAUAACAUACAUUCGAAAUAUAGAAAUGUUUAUCAUGUGGCGUUCUAUUUUUAAUUGUAAGUCAAUUAACAAUAAACAAUAAAAUUUGUGGUUCCGUACGACGGAGUAAAAAUUGUUAUUAUAUACAAAAACAUAAGAAAUCAUAAUAUAUUGACUUUGACAUUGUCGUAUAAAUCACACCUGGCAAACUAAGAAAUUGAUCCAAGGCAUUGCAUCGUAAUGAAUUCACUUCAAAGUGCUAUAAAGAAGAAACUCGAAAAAAGUGGGCUAUUUAAAAUAAAUUGGCUCCAGCUGUUAUACAGUGUAUUCACAUUAACGGCUAAAAGGUUGAUUGACACGUUGCCCAGUGAGGCAAGAUUAAAAUUAGAGAUUCUACAGAAAGAGUACAUCAAGCAGUUCUUUUUUGAAAAGCGCGUGGGAAGCGGAGGAACUUGCUUAAAGUCAUUUCCGUGCUUUGGAUGAUUAAUAAAGAACCGGAGUAGAAUCGUUGCAGCAGAAAGGCAGACUCUACAUCUCUCAGUUCAAUUUGUGUUCAGAGAUCAUCAGCGCAAGAAAACGCGUUUUAAACUAUUAACGGCUUAUCAUGUUCCAUUUAGAAUUAUUGCACUAUCUUGUUUCAGAUUUCUGCAUAAAUUGAAAAGACCAAACUGUGCUAAAAUGAUGCUAAAAAUAAUUCGUGGUUUUCUAUAUUGCUUAAGAAAGAUAUUUUAUAAAGGCCAGAUGUGCAGCUGACAUUUCUUGGUGACUCAAAUUUCUUAAGUCUUAAACCGAAUAGCAUUGCAAUUUGUUCAAGCUUUCGUUUACUGCUGUCACUGGUAAUUUGUAAUUGUGUAAAAAAUGUUUACUAGUCAGUACAAGUCUACAGAUUCUCGCAAUGAGACGUUGCAGCUUAAUUCAUUACCAAAUUUAGAUAAAAAUUCAAAAUUUGAUGUUUUGGAAUUUGAAACGGAGGAGGAUCUUCAGUUCCCUCAAAUUGCCGCUAAAAAUAAACUUUUAAAACUAAGUUGGUGGAAUUCGCCAGCUGAAGUCCAUGAAAUCGAGGCCAAUUUAAAGCACCACAGAAAAAAUGAUAACGGACGCAACAAUAAAACGGAAAAGCUAGAGAAUAAUAAUUCGUUAGUUAAUGGUUGUGUUAGCACUCCAGCAAGAUCCGUUUCGUUACUCCAAUAUAUUCGUCCAGACCAGGAACGCGUCAGUGAAGCACAGGAAACAAACAUUCUCGAGCCCAGCGUUGAUGAAUUAUAUCCGAGGGAUUCACACCGUCUUGUUGAUGAUUCAAAACCAUGUACUGGACUAUUAAAUCAAGAUCAGGAGGAUCAAAUGAACGUAAGCGGAUAUCGUCGUUCCCAUAUACGAACUGCAAUUUGCUGGGCCUGUAUUAUUUUAACUGGUGGCCUACUACGCCUCGUCUUACAUUGGUGGCGUCAUUUGUAUCUAUAUGCCACAUGCUCUCGAUGUCCCUUGGAGGAGGCAGAACAAGUUUUGGUAACCGAGGAUUAUCAAGGAAAGCACAAGGUGUACCACGUAAAGCAAAUUCGAGUACUUACUGCGAACCACUUUGAGGCCCUAUUGAAAAAGGAACGGCCGGACGCAGAACUCAUGAAUGUAGGGAGUGAUGCAGAACACGCCGUGCAACUAUCGGUUCAUUUCACCUCAGCGCAAUUCAAAAGAUGUUCAGCCAUACGAAUUUUCCGCUGCAAGCAAUUGGUCUAUGCAUGGAACAACAAUCUGAAUUGUUUCCAAAGGAUAAAUGGACUCGAUCUUAACAUUCCGUGUUCAUAUUAUCACCAACAACGUGGAUUAACUGCUAGAGAGCAGAUUUCGAGGCGAAUUGUUUUUGGGGACAAUGAGAUAACUGUUCCAUUGCGAGAUAUCAAAACAUUGCUUUUCCUAGAAGUUCUUAAUCCUUUUUACGUUUUUCAAAUUUUCUCAGUCAUACUAUGGUUUACAUAUGAUUACUAUUAUUAUGCUUGCGUUAUACUUUUGAUGUCAAUAUUUGGUAUAACGAUGUCUAUUUUGCAAACAAAAAAGAAUCAAGACGUACUUCAAAAAACUGUAUAUAACACUGGUAAUGCUUGGGUAGUUGAUCCUAGGGGUCUUUCAAAGGAGUUUCCAACGCGUGCCCUGGUACCCGGAGACAUAAUCGAAAUUCCUUCUUCAGGGUGUACUAUGCAGUGCGAUGCAGUAUUACUAUCAGGAAAUUGCAUUUUAGAUGAGUCUAUGCUUACCGGCGAAAGUGUGCCAGUCACGAAAACUCCUUUACCAUCAAAGCGUGACAUGAUAUUUGAUAAAACCGAACAUGCCAGGCAUACACUUUUUUGUGGGACAAAGGUCAUUCAGACUCGCUAUAUUGGAUCAAAAAAAGUAUUGGCGUUCGUAAUAAACACUGGAAACAUAACAGCUAAGGGAGAACUAAUACGAUCUAUUCUUUAUCCCCCACCUGUUGACUACAAAUUUGAGCAAGAUUCCUAUAAAUUUAUUCAGUUCCUGGCAGUAAUUGCUUGUGUCGGAUUUAUUUAUACGCUUGUAACAAAAAUAAUGCGUGGCACGGAUCCCGUAAAAAUAGCAGUAGAAUCUCUGGACCUUAUUACUAUCGUAGUCCCACCAGCACUGCCAGCUGCAAUGACCGUCGGUCGUUUCUAUGCACAAAAGCGGUUAAAGGCUAGUGAAAUAUUUUGCAUUUCCCCUCGGUCCAUAAAUGUAGCCGGAGGCAUAAAUUGCUGCUGUUUUGACAAGACCGGUACUCUGACAGAAGAUGGACUUGAUAUGUGGGGGGUGGUGCCCAAAUCAUCAACAAAUCAGUUUCAAAUACCUUUAAAAACCGUGGACCGCCUGCCUUACGAUCAUUUUCUUUUUGGCAUGGUAACGUGUCACUCUAUAACAAUAAUGAACGGUAUAUUGAUGGGGGAUCCUUUGGAUUUGAAAAUGUUUAAUUCUACGGGUUGGACAAUAGAAGAUUCAAAUAACAUACCAGAUAAUGAAAAAUAUGGUAUUCUUUAUCCAACUAUUUUAAGACAACCAAGGAUUUGCUCUUCCGACUUGAGAUCAUCGGAUUCAAAAAAAAAGAGUCAAAUCAGCCGUCAAUCGUCUGUAGACGAUUUAUUAGCAACUGUUGGUAUCUCGCAAAAUCAAAAAAAUUUUGAUCAUGGAAUUGUUCGAGAAUUUCCAUUUACGUCGAGUCUUCAGCGAAUGUCCGUUAUUACUCGUUGUCUCAGCGACCAAGUAUUUAAUGUUUACUGCAAAGGUUCCCCAGAGAUGUUACAGACACUUUGCACACCGCAAAGCCUACCCGAUAACUAUUCCGAACAGCUAUCGACAUUUGCUAAAAGAGGAUACCGAAUUAUUGCCAUUGCAUUCAAACCUCUUGUGCAAAAAAUGAACUAUUCAAAAAUACAGCGCCUAUCCCGCGAAGAGGUUGAAAGCAACUUGGAAUUUCUUGGUUUUGUGGUACUCGAAAAUCGCCUUAAGCCAGAUACUGCUAAAGUAAUCAAAGCGUUAAACUCAGCAAAGAUUCGAACUAUUAUGAUUACUGGCGAUAAUAUUUUAACUGCUAUGAGUGUUGCACGUGAUUGUGGUAUUGUAAGUGCAUCACAAGCUGUUAUAACAGUGCAUGCAGAUCCGCUUGGAAAUAGUGGAAAUAUACAAAGCAAUAAUACAGAUAGCAUUGUUGAUAAGAAAACAGCCAGACUCUAUAAGCUGCAGUACACAUUAGAUUUGGGGAGUAAAAUAUCUUCUCCAUCUCUUUUAACAACAAAGUGCAAUAGUAACCAUAUUCCCAAGGAAAAUCGUGAGGAUAAAUUUAGUACCGUUGGUGAUCAAACUCUGUUUCGCCUUGAGUCGACGAAUUCAUUAGUUAACGAAUCGAGUUCCAGUUAUGCAGAAAGUAUUCUGCCGACGAGCGAUAGUUUGGCCAGUGUAAAGACCACAGACACAUGGACCCAUAAUGAGCCAACAGAUGUAGAUGCUGAGCUAGGAAUAAACCGCACUCAGGACGAAAGCUGGCGCCAACACUACAUAUUCGCAAUGGAUGGCGGAACUUGGCAAAUUAUAAAAGAUCACUUUCCAGAUGAAAUGGCCAUUCUUUUAACACGGGGAUCGAUUUACGCCCGAAUGUCACCCGAUCAGAAACAGGCACUAGUUAUAGAACUUCAAAAUUUGGACUACUGUGUUGCCAUGUGCGGUGAUGGUGCCAACGAUUGCGGUGCGCUAAAGGUGGCUCAUGCUGGUAUUUCGCUAAGUGAGACCGAAGCAUCCAUUGCGUCGCCCUUUACUUCACGUAAUCCCACGAUUUCGGCUGUUUUAAAAGUUAUUAAGGAAGGACGUGCCGCAUUAGUCACAUCCUUUGGAAUUUUUAAAUAUAUGGCAGCAUAUUCAUUGGUUCAGUUUAUAUCUGUUAUGGUUCUUUAUUCUAUCGACUCGAAUUUGACAGACAAGCAGUAUCUUUACGUAGACCUUGGACUUAUAUCAAUUUUUGCCUUCUUUUUUGGUAAAACUGGAUCAUUUGAUGGAAAUUUGGUCGAACAAGUGCCUCUCAGUUCAUUGAUAUCUUCUACUCCAUUAGCAUCCCUUUUACUUCAUCUCACUGUUGUAACUGGAUUUCAAGUAAUUGGUUGGAUUCAUCUACACCAAGAGCCGUGGUUUAAACCGUUCCAACCUGCAGAUGAGGACCAUUUGGGUUGUUAUGAAAACUACACCAUGUUUUGCAUAUCUAGUUUUCAGUACAUAAUACUUGCUUUUGUUUUUUCCAAGGGUGCGCCAUAUCGAAAGCCACUGUGGUCAAAUUUUCCACUAUGCUUAGCAUUUAUUGUUAACUUAUGCAUUAUUGUUUAUUUGGUCAUUUACCCAAGCGACUGGGUAGCAAACUUUUUUCAGCUCAUUGUACCUCCUGUCAUGAGUUUUCGAUACAUGAUGCUUGUUUACGGAGCAGCAGCAUUUAGUUGCCAUAUAUUUGUCGAGUCUUUUUUGGUGGAAUAUAUAGUGUUCAAAAAAUACCAAGUUAAGCGGGAUAAAAACUGGGUCACAGCAAAGCAAAAAUACUUGCGUCUGGAAUAUGAUAUUUCCACAAUAAAAAAUUGGCCACCAAUAACUGAAGUCUAUGAACCUAAUAAUUGUUCCGACUGGGAAGUAGAUCAGCCCACGUAUGUCAGUUUGCAUGCUGAACAAAAUCAUGACACGCAGUUUGGAAAAUUUCCUGGAUUUAAUUAGUAAAUUAAUUUAAAAAAAAAGUAAAAAAUAAAAAAAUAUGUAUAAUUCUGGCGAGAUAUCUUGUAUAUUUUAAAAUAACUAAUGGCUUAAAUCUAAGAACUAGCAUAAUAACAUUAUAUUGAAUUUAGUCAAAAUUGUUUAGUUCCUACUUAGAUUAUCCACAUAGUUUUGGUAAAUUACUUAUAUAAAAGAUAACUUUAUAUAAACAGGUCAAAGCAAUUUUUUUGUAUUAUAGUAGGUGUAUAACGACGGUCAUAUAUAUUUGCUUAUAAUUAAGCGUUUAAUAUGUUAUAAAUUUCAUUUUGGCUGUACAUUGUACUUCAUUUAAGUUUAUUUAUUUAUUUUUAACUAUUCACUUAUCUUUACUAUAUGUAUUAGAGUACGCUGUAAUUAAAAAAAAUGUAAAUCUUAAUAUUUUUGCCUAUCAUAAAAAAUAAAAAUUAGCAAAAAGGUGA